UUGGCUCGCUCGGAAAUGGACAACCUCGAUGACGAGAUCGAGUCUAUUCUGUACAUCUGCAGGGAAGUUUCUGUCUACAAGAUCCCCCCUCUGAAGGCGAAUGAAGGCCACCGAGCUCAGGAUUGGGGAGACCUAGCUGCUCCUCUGUGGAAAGGUAGAUUGCGGAUCGUAGAGAAAGGGAAAAUUGUCACCCUACGAUUUGAGGAUCCAACUACCGGCGAACUGUUCGCAAAGACACCUUAUGAUCCGCAGAAACCAGCAGUGGAAGCAGUCCUAGACUCGUCGAGAUAUUUCGUGGUGCGUCUGGAGGAUGAGGGGAAGAAGGCGUAUAUCGGCAUGGGUUUUGCAGAGAGGACAGACAGUUUCGAUUUCAACGUCUCCUUACAGGAUUAUACUAAGCGAUUUUUCGCGAGUCUUAACCCGCCGUCUCCGACAACAGAGGCCGAGGCCCCAAAGUCGACGGCACCGAAGAAGGAUUACACAUUAAAAGAGGGCCAGACCUUUUCUAUUUCGAUUCCCGGCAGGAAUAAAUCUGGAGGAAGUGCAAACAAUAAUCUUCUCGGCUCAUCUUCUACAUCAACAAGUUCUGGUGGAUCCAUUCCUCUCUUACCUCCGCCGCCGAGUUCAAGCAGUAAACGACGAUGAAUCAUGUCAUUUAUCAGGUAUACAUGUAUUUACUUUGCGGGAAGAUUUAAGUUAUGUUGUGCACAGCAUUUUACUGCUACCAUGAGCUAAGUAAUUGCUCAAUCGAUUAAUUCUGCAAAUAACUCCGGGGCUGGAUCGAAUAAAGCCUAAUAAUGCUUUGGACGUCUUUUAGCCGCUUUCUCGGAGUCCAGCUACCUUCUAUAUUGCGAUGGCUUUGUGCGAUUAUUCGUUGAUCGGCAUUUGCUUGGCUUCAAUAUCCGCAGAACCAAAACUCAGCUUCCUUGAUGUGCUGUCGUACCAAACAUCCGAACUCCGCAACUCCGCUCGGCCGGAACAUUGCUCUACAUCUCAAUGUACAGUCCCUGUAGCGGCGGGUUCGAUACUCGGCGCAUUGUUUUGGGAUAAAGCUUUGUCUCUGUGAUGCUGGCCGGAAAUAACACGCCGUUAUUAGAAGAGUUUGCCCAGAAGGUUCCC